AAAAUUAUAUGGAUGCUACGAAACGUUCGCUACUAAUCUAAACACGAGUUUACCAACCAACCAGAGGUCAAUGAUGUUGCUUGUUUCCUCUCCAGAAUUGUCGGACGAUUUUGAACAGUGAUUAAAAUUAACUGUCUCAGAUGCAGAAGUUUUGCCCGCUGUGCAUGAAGAAUGGUGUGAAAAGUAAAGUGAAAGCAUUUCAAAUCAACCUAGACGAAGCAGUAUGGAGCUGUGAAAGAAUUGAUUGUAUCUGGCCUUUAGGCUAUCAGAAUCUGAAAUACUUUCAAAGAUCAGCAAUGACAUGUAAUUGGGAUGAAUACGUCAAUGAAGAAUCUACACCUACACUAUCAGAACUUUCGCUUUAUACACCACCUAUGACUCCUAGAGAAGAGGCUCUUGAAUACUUGGCAAAUUCUGCAAUGGAAGAUAAAUCUAGUGAAUCUAUUAGUUCAAAGAGAGAAAGUACAGACUGUAAUAAGUCAUCUGAGAUGGCAGAUAAUAAGUUUACAAAGGAAAAGAAUAUAAGUAGGAAUGCUAAUAAGCAAAUGCCUGAAAUUACAAAUAUUGAGAAAGUUCACAUUGAUAUUAAGAAGUUUUUUCAACAUAAGCAUCUUAAUAAUGAAAAAAUGCAAAAGCACUUAUAUGAAACUUCUAUAGUAAAUACUAAAGCAGAUUCUAGUGUUCAGUUUGCUACCACUGAAGGCAGUGAUUUUAAUUUGCAUACACAAUGCAAAACUGAAAAAGAACAGAAUAAAAGUGACAAUGUACAAGCAAAUAAAGCAAUAACUUGUUUAAAUGCAAAUACUAAUAUAAAUAUAUCAUCAACAUCUACAAAUUUGGAAGUCAAUGUGAACAUUUUGAAUAACUCAAAUACAACAAAUAAUCAUACAGCAAAUGAUACACUAGAUACUGUAAAUUCCAAUGACUUAAAUCUAGAUGAAAUGUUGGACAUUAUUUUGAAUGAUAGAAGUAAUAAUAGCCAAGAAAUAGAUCAUGAUUGGCUAGAUUUAAUAAAAAUCUAAUUCAUAGAAUUUUAUUCAAGAUAGUUUAUAUUUUUUGCUAUUUGAUGCCAUUGCAUAUCCGAAGUAUAAAUAUGGCUGCGGAUAACAACCAUGUUCCUUUUGUAUUUUUCUAAUGAAAAAUUUUUUUAAUAAAAUAUAUGAAGUGAUAAUA